AUUGGGGAGGAGAGGAUAGAGGAGGAGAGGAUAGAGGAGGAGAGGAUAGAGGAUGAAGAGGAGGAGAGGGAAGAGGAGGAGAAGAUGGAGGAGGAGAGGAGGCCUCUGUUGAAGAGUGAGAACCAGGUCAAAGCUCCAGACCAGGGGAGCCACCCAGACCUCCACCCCAGCUUUAGGCUCCUCAAAUCUGUUAAAGACUCUCCGUAUCCCCCUCCUCCAUCCACACCCAGACACAGCAGUCCUGAAGAAACCCCUCCCCUCCCCUCCUCCUCCUCCUCUCCUCUGAGGCAGAAGGAUAGUGUUGAAGAGGUGACGACAGACUGUGUUGUAAUCAGGAUCCAGGACAUGAACUCUCCUGGCUGGUCCUCUCUGUCUCAGGAGAACACCUCACCUCCCCUCCCAGAUAUCUGGAGUGAUCAUCAGGGCUGUCAGACAGAAGGGGACCUUCCUCCAGGAUGGAAGAGGAUUACAGACAAGGCUGAUAUCUACUACUGGCAUAUCCCUAGUGGAGCCACACAGUGGGAGAGACCAGCGCCCAGAGACCCUCUCACCAGACAGGAGGGCUCUAGCCUGGGGGACACCACCUCAGCCUCCCCACCUCCAGACCACCAGAAGCAGCUGUGGGGUGAUGUUGGAGCUGUGAGUGGGGGAAAGAUUGAUAGUGAGGUUUGGAAGGACCUGCAGGCGGCCACGGUGAACCCUGACCCCAGCUUGAAGGAGUUUGAGGGAGCUACGCUCAGAUAUGCAUCGCUACGGAUCCCUCUCCCACUGGAAGAGGAGGAGUCUAACAGUGACCCUGAGGCCAAGUGUUUUGCGGUGCAGUCUCUGGGUUGGGUAGAGAUGGCAGAAGAGGACCUGUCGCCAGGGAAGAGUAGUGUUGCCGUUAACAACUGUAUCCGACAGCUAUCCUACUGCAAGAGCAACAUCAGAGACACGGUCGGCAUCUGGGGAGAGGGUCAGGACAUGUAUCUGGUUCUGGUGAACAACAUGUUGAACCUGGUUGAUCCUACGGACCGUUGUCUUGGCAACGUGCUUCAUUCUCAGCCAAUAGCAAGCAUUCGUGUCUGGGGGGUCGGCCGUGACAAUGUCAGAGAGAGGGACUUUGCGUACGUAGCGAGGGAUAAGGACACCAGGAUUCUGAAGUGUCAUGUGUUCCGUUGUGACACGCCAGCUAAAGCCAUCGCUACCAGCCUCCACCUCAUCUGCUCUAGGAUCAUGUCAGAGCGUAAGCAUGCUAAAGCUUUAUCAGGGGCGUUGUCAGGGGCGUUGUCAGGGGGCGUGUCUCUACACGACAGAAUGCAGUCAGGACUAGACCUCCCACUACAAGCAGAGUUCCCCACUCCAAAGACAGAGUUGGUCCAGAGAUUCCGGCUGCUGUAUCUGGGUAUGAAGCCAGUAGACAGACCUAAAGGUAUGGACAUAUUGAACGGGGCGAUAGACAGUCUGAUUGGUUCUUCCAGUAGAGAGGAGUGGAAAGCUGUUAACCUCAACGUGGCUGAUGCUACCCUCAUUAUCAGCAACAACCAGGAGGAGGAGGAGAAGGUGAAGGAGGAUGAGGAGGUGAAGGAGGAGGUGGAGGAGGAGGUGGAGGAGGAGGAGGAGGUGUUGGUAGAGUGCAGGGUGAGGUUUCUGUCCUUCAUGGGGGUAGGGAGGGACAUCCACUGCUUUGCCUUCAUCAUGGACGGAGGAGGACAACGCUACGAGUGUCACGUGUUCUGGUGUGAACCCAACGCUGGACAGCUCUCUGAGGCCGUACAGGCUGCGUGCAUGUUAAGGUAUCAGAAGUGCCUGUUGGCUCACCCCCCCUCCCAGAGACCCCUCCCCUCCUGUGGCCGUGGCUCCUCCUCCCUUGGCAGCGGCGGUGGGAACCGCGGUAACGGCGGUGUGAAGAGAGGAGUGCUGUCCCUCAUCGACACCCUCAAACAGAAGGGACCGCUGCCCCACCAGAGUAACCACGGAAACUAAACUAACAUCGUGACUACGACCGCACACCCCGGUAACUAUGGGGGAAAAAACAACGCUGCACCUUGCUAACCGUGGAAAUCACUACUCUAACCUGGUCGAACUAUGGCAGCCAAACGUAGACCUCCUCCCAUCACCUCAACACAUAACUGUCUACCACUCGGUGAUCACCUCAACACAGAACUGUCUACCACUCGGUGAUCACCUCAACACAGAACUAUCUACCACUCGGUGAUCACCUCAACACAGAACUGUCUACCACUCGGUGAUCACCUCAACACAGAACUGUCUACCAGUCGUGUUCAACACAAAGAGAGAGAGAGAGAGAGAGAGAGAGGAAAAUAAUCAGGUUGGAGUGACCUCUACCCUCUGACCUGGUGACCCUUCCUGUCUGUACCUGUACCUCCAGCAUGACCUGGGACACCUGUAGAGGCACCUGUAGACACAACCUACACACACCUGUAGAGACACCUGUAGACACAACCUACACACACCUGUAGAGGCACCUGUAGACACAACCUACACACACCUGUAGAGGCACCUGUAGACACAACCUACACACACCUGUAGAGGCACCUGUAGACACAACCUACACACACCUGUAGAGGCACCUGUAGACACAACCUACACACACCUGUAGAGGCACCUGUAGACACAACCUACACACACCUGUAGAG